AUUCUUAUCUAUAACAUUGAUAGUGCACUUAACCCAGGUGGCUGCAUUACGCACAAAUGGUCUUUUGUUGUCAAGUAUCAAGGACACAGAGAACGAGUCACCACCAAAGCUACCCAACUAGGGAAGAUUAAUUUAAUCUUAGGCUGGACCUGGCUAUUUAAACACAAUCCUGAGAUCAACUAG